GCCUGAACGACGCAUGGAGAGACAACAAACGGAGCGGGGUUUGUCUGUUGUUAACUUGCCGUCAAGCCGCGCCGCACGUUGGGGAAUCCAAAGAAGCUUUUGGCGUAAAUAUCUUUAUUUGUUUUGAAGCGUUUCGCGCGGCAAGUCGCAAGUUCCCGCUUCGCGGUUCGUUAGCGGUUUCCUUCAAUUUCGGUUUUGCGGGAUUCCAAAUUUGUUUGACAUUCGAAUAUUACCUACGGUUAAGCUGUGCAUUUAUCGAAAGUGUUCCAGAAUAGUUAUCCACGCUAGUAUAAAAAGUGUGCGUCAGUUGACUGAGUCCUAUCGUGUAAUGGAAUCGUGAUCCCGAAAAACCGUUAUCGAUUUGGGUGGGCUAUAAUUUAAAAGGUUAAUUAACGUCAAUUAAAAAGAAAACGUGACUGGCCUACCGAAAGGUGUGAAGGAAGAACAGUGACAAACAGAGUGGUACAAGAGAAGCAGAAAAAAAAACAUAAGAAAGAUAUGUGCAAACUUGGCUGCCACUUGCUGAAUGGAUAUUUUGUGAAUGAAUGCAGACAACAUUAUGAAUGAAAUUCACGUGUGCCCUAUCGUGUCGUGCUGUAUGGAGUGUGUAUGGUGUAAACUUUUCGUUUCAUGAAUGGAAUUGAUCGCACUAAGCCGAAGAAAAAGAAUUUAAACAUACGAUCAGGAAUCGUCCGACUGGGAUAGGUAUAAUGCGCAAUCAUACGCGUACUAUGGUGGAUUACUGAAUAUGGAAAAGGAGGAAACGAAUCGCCAUUAUUCAUCGACAAAUGUCCGCUGUUGUUAAAUGAUACAACGAUAGUGUCAAAUAAAAAGUGAUUCAUUCGCUGUGAAAUGUGUGAUGUCGCUUUUGAUGUUGGACAUUGGAUAUCGCGUUGUAAGAAAAGCUGUUCCAGUCAAUCAACUCCAGCCAGAUACAAUCUGAAUUGUCCGCGCUGCCGUCAUUGUCGAUCGCAAUUAUACUGGCGCUCAUUAAAUAUGGAUUGUGAAAAGUUGGCAGUAGCAUGCAAGACUUCACCAAGGAUGAGUUCGGUCUCCUUGGUGGAAGUGUUGUAGGUAGCGAUAAGGUCCUGGACCCAGCCGGAUCGUUGAUUCACGUCACCGAAGGGCUUAUCAGCUCAAAUCAACCCUUUAUCGGUGCUCAUCAAAUUGGCAGCCAUCAGUACCUUAAUCAUCAACAUCAUCAGCAGUUCCAGCACGGUGCUCAGAUACUCCAGAACUCGUCGGGGUUGAUCGUUAAUGGAUCCACCGGGACUGUGACCGAUGAAAUCAAACUAAGCCAAUCGAACAGUGAUUUGAUCGAUACUACCGGCGGUAGUAAAUUGGAAGAAACCGAUCGGCAUUUGUACCCUUGGAAUACCAGCCACAUCGGGAGUCAGUUUUUACGAAGCUCCGACGAUCCUCUCAUCUCUGGAGGAACCAACGACAACCAGAACGAUAAUGAGCUUAGUGUUGCCACGGCAUCUCAAUCAAUGUGCUCAUCACCGACGCCGUCUCCCACUCAAAAACAUCGCAACACAAUCCCUGUGCCCACCUCGAUUCUAUCGCCAGAGCUGCCGGACACACCGAUCUCACCCGUUCCCACCCCUAAGAAGGCCUCCAACGCACAAUCCACCAGGCGUAACACUUCAACCGGGGGAAGUCGACAGAGGCGUAAAGGACCCCUCAAGUUACGGUUCCACCAUCAAGCUUUGCCACCAGAAUACCUGGACCAUUAUGAGGCAACGCAGAACCUCACGGCGAGAAGAGAACAGCUACUACUACAACAACAACAAGGAAACACUUCGGGAAUACGAGCCAGCAGGAUGGAUAGACACGCUAUACAGGAACGAGAAGAUAGCACCAAUGAAUCUGUUCGUAAUUGGUUGCAGAAAAUUCUAGAACUGCAGAAGGAAGGUGUUUCUUUGGCCCCGAUAAAAGACGAUGCAGGGUCCACUGGUGAAUCUAAUACUCAGAGGACUACAAGUGUCCAGCCUAACAAAAUAGUUAACUACACUGAUCUACCUUACAUGGGGGAGAUGACGCUAGAAAAUUCUAAACCGAGAAGAGGCAGAAAGCCGAAGAAAGCGGACAUUUGCCAUUUGAUCUACAAGAACUAUGGUACAAUUCUUCCCGGGACUCCCAAUGCGGAGUCUGUGCAGGAACGAAGCAUGAAUGGCCAUCGAACACAGACCAGAAGCAGCAGCUUAUUGGAACGGAGACUGAUGACUGCCGAGAAAAACGCUACUUCCGAAAAUGGUAAAGGUAAACGCGAAGAGCCACUCAAUCUCUGUGUCAGAGAUGUUGAGGGUGAAUCGGUUGCACUAUCCAGUUCCGAAGACGAAAGUGACGAAGUGUACGGUUCAUCCUGCCCUACUCCUAUCAUAACCCCUUCUGAUCUCAGUACCGAUCAAGCGCUAGCAACUAAUAUGAAGAUGUCACUCCCCAACCUCCAAAAUACAGGUCUACCGACACCCUCAAGCACCGAAACACCAUCGACUGCCGAUACUCCACCGGUGUACUGGCCUAAUGUGAAUGGCUUCAUUCACCCAAUGGCUCUGUACUAUCAAAAAUUGGUAGACUCUAACAACACGGUUCCAGCAGCAGGUCAAGCCAGUUCUUCGAUUUCCAAUUCAAACCCUAGCACACCAACAGAUACACAACUUCCAAAAACAUCAACAGCUUCGUCUGCUGCUUCCACAACUCCCCCUUCAUCGCCAGCCACACCGAAACGAGAACAUCAACAGACACUGGUGCCAAAACCCAUUUCACAAUUGAUAAAACCAGAAAAAACCCACAAGAUCACUCAAGAAACACAAACAUCUACCAGCAAAAAUUCACCACCCGCUCAAAAACGCAAACGUUCAGCGAUCUUCAUCCCGCCUGUUCCAGCAGAGAACAGCACUAACCCUGCCACGGAAGUUAGCAUUUGUAAGUUCAAGUUUACUGGUGGGGUGAAGCCUUGUCUGCAGGAGAAGAAAAUGCUUAGCGUCGAUUCCGGUGGAAACUUCCGGUACUAUUCUGGUACUGGUGACAAGUCAAUGCGGGGCUAUGAAUUCUUUCCCCGAGAAAGUCUUCAACAGAGUAGUCUUCAUUCUUCAACAACGGCUGGUGCAUUUCUGAAUACACCUCCAGUCGAGAAGAUAACGUGUGAUAUUCCCCCGCCCUCUCUGGGUCUUGGCAACGAUAUCCUACAAAUCCCGGACUUCCCUAGUGCUGGGCCAAACCUGCCAGGUUUGCCUUCACCGGGUAGUGCCUCAACAUCUAGCAAUCAACGCCUCUCGCAGCGUUCCGAAUCAAGUGAGGCAAGACGCGCCAGGCGAAGAUCCCGUCGAUCAUCUCAACGAGAAUGUCUGGAAAAAACCUUUAAAGAAAAGGGAUUCCUGAUCCAAACGCAACAACUCCAAUCGGCCGAAGGUGCGACUUACUGUAAGUUUAGACAAUUACGUAAAUUUACCCGAUAUCUCUUCCGAAGCUGGAAAGACUACCUUCCCGGAGAACUUCAUCAGGACCCCACUGGACUUGCACCAGGAGAGCAUCCUCAGCUUAGUGGGCUAUCCAUAAACAGCCCCGAAGGUUUACUAUUGGACGAUGAUAGUCCGCUGCUGGACAGUCCAAAUCCGUCCAACUCAUCGCCGUCGCCAUUCAACGGUAUCGGCUAUCUGGACCAGCAACGGCAACUCUCGCCAUCACCGCCUCUGUUGGUCGCCUCGGAAUUCGCACGAUCUACUCAGGUACAUCCGAUCAUGACCGGUUUCCGGCGGACUCCCUCUCCCGCCCCGCCAGUUCCGACGAUGUUGCUCCAUUCCGUCGAUCAGCUCACCUCACCGGAAGGAAUCAGACGAAGCUGACAACUGAAUCAACCAGCUAAAAGAAAACAGUGCCACAUAUUUGAGAACUAAAUUGCAUUUAGUUCAAAUAAAGAAAGAAAAAAAAACACAAUCUCGCCAAAGAUUAGUGAUAAGCACGGGAAUAGCUAGUUUCUUUGAUAUUAUAUUUUUUUUCAUUUUGAUCCACUUUGUCUUUAGUGAAAUUAACUCUGUUCAAACAAUGGUGAAAACUCUAGUCGUUUUAUUUUUUAAUCAUUAUGAAGCGCUUCUACUUUUGACUUUGAUAAGUUUUCAUUUAUAUAUAGUACGAAUAACUGAACUCUUCUGUGUUGCCAUCAAAUGUUUUUUUUAUACUCCUUUGUAG